AUCAAAUCUCACUGAAAUUCUUCAUUUCAAAAAAACUUUUAGCAGGUUGGAAAAUUGUUUCUAAUUUUUAAAAAUGCACAGAAAUGGGAGUUUUUAGAGGUAAAGUGUGUUGUUUUCAGCCCCAAAGGCUGAGUUUUUAAAUGUCUUGCUAAUUGUGAUGAUUUUUUACUAUCAUUCGGCUAAUAUUUCAAGACAUUUGGAUAAUAUCAUAGUAAAGCAAGUGACUAUAAAUCUAUAUUUCAAGUAACUUCAAUAAUUUCUCACAAGAAGGAACACUUUUUGUCAGUCUUACUAAGAGCAGCGUUUUCUCAUCAUUUACUUGCUCACAUAAUUAUUAGUAUUAUGUUCGGUCAGCAGUUUCUUUGUAGGAAUCUUUCAAAGCCGUUUGCCCAUCUUAUUGGUCGGUUUACUGAAAACUAGAGAAUCUGCUAAGUAAUAAGUAAACCUACUUAUAUGUGUACACAGAAGCCACAAUACUGUGGAAGCUGGUGAGCAGAGGGAGGGUCCUAUUGCCAAGUCCUGUGGGCUGUAGAACUCCCACACCUCUCACAAGAUACCUUCUCACCUACCAGAAGGGGCACGUGGCCAUCUGACAUAAAAGGUUAAUGAGGAUUCCACUGGCAGCCCUUAUGUUAAAUAUUAGUAGAGUCUAAUUUUAAAAGAUAGAAACAAAUAUAAAUAGACCAAAAGUUCUGAGCCUGUGUGUGUGUGUAUGUGUGUGCACGUGCACGCACCCGUGUGAUGGACCCUUUUAGGAGAAAGAUGGCUGAAGACCCCUUCUCAGAAUGAUGUUUUUAAAUAAAUAAAGGAAAUGAGAAAUUUCAGUUUGAGGUUAGUGAAAACAACGAUGAUCGAUGUAAUUUUUUUCCCCCAUCAAAGUUCACGGACCCCUGAAAUCUGUCCUGGGUCGAUGGUUAAGAACCUCUUAGAUGUUCUAGUAUUUUCUUUGCCCCCUCCCUGGAGACCAUGCUCCUCCACUUUGGAGAGUCCUGCUCUAGUGGGAGCCUAGUUUCAGGUUACAAUUCACCUACUCACCCUCCUAAGACAAACAGGUUAUUAUGUAGGAUCAAUUGACUAUGCAGCUAGAAGGCAGGUAUUUGGAACUGAAGCCUAGUGGACAAAAGUCAAGAGCAUUAGAAAGUUAAAAGAAAGUUGAGGUCUUUUGUACAAGGAUUUAGAGGUGGCUAAGUAGCACAGUGGAUGGAACACUUGUCCUGCAGUCAGGAAGAUCUGAGUUCAAAUCUAGAAUCAGAUAUUUAUAAGCUACGUGAUCCCGGGCAAGUCACUUAACUCCUAAUUUGUCUUAGUUUCUCAUCUGUAAAAUGAAACUCAAAAAAAAAAGGAAAUGGCAAAUCAUUCCAAUAUCAUUGCCAAGAAAACCCCAUGGACAUGUCGCUUAGAAUCAGACACAACUGAAUGACUAAAUAAACAACGGAAUAAAAUAGUGGAUGGAGAGCUAGACAUGGAGUCAGAAAGGCCUGAGUACAAAUCCAACUUAGAUACUUAUUAGCCAUGUGACCCUAGGCAAGUUACUUCUCUGCCUCAGUUUCACCACCUGUAAAAUGGGGAUAAUAAUAGCAUCUACCUCUCAAGGUUUUGGUGAGGAACAACUGAGAUAAUAUUUGUAGAGUACUUUGCAAAUUCUAAAGCAUUAUACAACAGCUUGCUUUUAUUAUCAUUAGUAAGCCCUAGGCUUACAGAUCUAAAAAAGAGACAGUCCCUGCCCUUGCAUUCUAAUGGACGAUACAACAAAUAUAAGAAAGAGUGGCUAGGGAAGAGUGUUUUGUCUGGAAAAUUACUGGAAUGGCGAGUGGAGCCAUAGGACGGUCCACUGACACACCCUUUCCAGAAAUAAUGGCAGUGUUGAUUUGAUUACUAUUCCCAGAGAAAGAGUAAGAAAUUGUAGGGAGAGGUGGAAUUCCUUCAUGAUGCCCCUGUGGUGGUCCUUUCAUAUUUGUAAAAGCACUUUUUAAGCCUUCAUAGCUAUUAUUAUUAUUGUAAGGAUCUCCUGGGGCAGAGGUCAGUUGUCAAGAGAGCUAGGAAUGCUAGUCUUCUGACCUUCCUGAUGAAGAUUCUUUCAAAAAGGACUUUCCUGGGAGGGGUUAUUUCCUAUUUGGCCAGAACUAUUCCACUUGGACAUAGCUCUAUUCAUUCUCUCAUCUUGAUUUAGAGCUGGUCUGCAAUUAUUUCAAAAAUCACCACACACACACACACACAUACAUUAUAUUUAUUCAGAAUUUGCAUUAUCCUCCUCCAGAUUUGCCAGCAUUGCUCCAUUAGGUCUUUAUCUACGUCAUUAACUCAAGUAUGCUUCUUAAGGGCAGGAACUGUCUCUGCAAUUUAUUUUUGUAUCCUCCCACAAUGCUUUCUGCACACUGUGGUGCUCAGUAAAUGUUGAUUCGAUGACUGAUUGACUUCCUUAAUCUCCAGGUCAAAGAGUACAAACACCCUCCCGGAAGAGGUACAUUCAGAAUUCUUCUAUGGGAAAAAAAGACCAUCUUUUCUCGCCCUUCUCUCUCUCCUGGCCCCAUUUAGAAUGGAGAGAUGGAGAAUAAUCCACUUAUUUCAAGACUACUCAGUGAAUUCUGGUUAAUCAUUUGGUCCACCAUGAUUUCUGGGAAGUUCUGGCUGUGCCAGCUAGAGUUUUGGGCUAUGGAGAGAUAGCUUGUUUUCCUUUAGGUCAGAUAUGCCUUAGAUCCAUAUGGGCUCUCCAGGUAGUCCAUGAUGAUGCCUGCAUUUCUGGAAUGAAUGAAAAGCUUGCCGAUAGAAGAGUCUAAAAAUAAAAACUAGGCACUACCGAACUGGUAUGUCAUCAGAAGCUCGCACCUUUUCCAAUCCGUUCCAGUGACAAGGUCUAAGUUCCUGCCAUCUCCAUCCAUGAAAAUUCAUCUUCUGAUCUCUGAUCUCCUCAUUCUCCUGGAUGUAUGGCAAGGCAGAGUCUCAGUGCCCAGUUAAGACCACUCGUGUCUACCCUCGACAGAUGACAGUCAUGUCCCAUUCAAAGGACCUCAAAGACGACUUUCACAGUGACACAGUCCUCUCCAUUUUAAAUGAACAACGAAUUCGGGGUAUUUUAUGUGAUGUCACUAUCAUUGUGGAGGACACUAAAUUUAAAGCUCAUAGCAAUGUCCUGGCAGCUUCAAGCCUUUAUUUCAAAAAUUUAUUUUGGAGUCGUACUAUCUGCAUUUCCAGCCACGUCCUGGAGUUAGAUGAUCUCAAGGCUGAAGUGUUUACUGAAAUCCUUAAUUAUAUCUACAGUUCCACGGUUGUUGUUAAGAGACAGGAAACAGUCACUGAUCUUGCAGCUGCAGGAAAAAAGCUGGGAAUAUCAUUUCUGGAAGAUCUUACAGAUAGCAAUUUCUCCAACUCUCCAGGUCCCUAUGUAUUUUGCAUCACAGAGAAGGGUGUAGUGAAAGAAGAAAAAAGUGAAAAACGAACCGAAGAACCAGCCAUUGCCAAUGGACCAAGGAUCACAAAUGCCUUUUCCAUCUUUGAAACUGAAAAUAAUAAUAGUAUGUUUUCUCCCCUGGACUUAAGGGCGAGUUUCAAAAAGGUCUCAGACUCCAUGAGAACAUCCAGCUUUGGUCUAGAAAGGAACGAUGUCUGCAGCGAAGCUGAGCCCGUCAGGACACUCGCCGAACAUUCCUACGCCGUUCCAUCCGCGGCGGAUGCUUUUCAAGGACGUCCUUUGUACGAGUGUGCUGCCAGUUCACCUUAUACACCAAGCGAAGAAAACUGCGAUGAGGUUCCAGCGAAUACACAAGCCUGUAGGCCAAAGACACCCCCAAGGCCUCAAGGUUCCAGUUUAGCAGUGGCAAAAAUAGCACCCCCAAAAGGAACCAGCACGGAGACUCAUGGAGAAAAGAGUCCAGAUCCAGCCGCUGCUUGUGCCCCAGACUCUCACAAGAGUCAAGAAGACAACCACUUUUCUAAGGAAGACGAAAACCCGCCUGCUAACAUUCCUGAAUCCAUAGCCCCAGUCCUUCCUCCUGUUUACAAUUGCACUUUCUGCUCCAAAUCAUUUGAAAAUGGAGCUUUAUUGGAGUCCCACUUGCUGCUCCACACAAAACCCCCAGAAGCUUUCAUGUGCAAAUACUGCGAUAAACAAUUCACCACCUCCAACAGGUUGGACAAGCAUGAGCAGACGUGCAUGAACUCACACCGUCUCCCUGUUCCUGUCGGAAACGAGCAGAGCUUUUCUUCUCCAGAUGGGAAGAUGGAAAGUUCCUACAAGGGUUCUGAAAUGCUGUCAUCUGAGAAUAAGGCGGGUGAACAUGCCGGCACGAGUCAGACCUUACCCGAAGUCGAGCACACGGUGAAGGUGGUGGAUGGGCAGAUACUCUACACGUGUAUCGUGUGCAAGCGUAGCUACGUCACUCUGUCAAGCCUCCGGAGACAUGCCAAUGUCCACUCAUGGAGGAGAACCUACCCUUGUCACUACUGCAGCAAAGUGUUUGCUUUGGCAGAAUAUAGGACCAGGCAUGAAAUCUGGCACACGGGAGAGCGGCGGUAUCAGUGCAUCUUCUGCCUGGAGACUUUCAUGACCUACUACAUCCUUAAAAACCAUCAGAAAUCCUUCCAUGCCAUUGACCAUCGCCUUCCCGUGAAUAAGAAGACGGCCAACGGAGGCCUGAAGCCCAGUAUCUAUCCUUACAAGCUUUACAGACUGCUGCCUAUGAAAUGCAAAAGGGCUCCCUAUAAGAGCUAUAGAAGUUCUUCCUAUGAAAAUCCACAAGAAAAUAGGCAAACGGGUGAGGCUGCUCCUAGUACCUGCAUUAUUCCGAAUCCACGAAGCUCUGAACUGCCAAUUUUGACUUUUCCAGACAGUGUGAAUAUGCUGUCAAAUAGCCCGGCCAUUUUACCCAUUGUCCCUGCAAGCAAAGAAGCCCACAAGGUUAUAGAUCCUCAGAAUGGGGUCCCUUGGGGAGGAGGAGGAGGAGGAGGGGAGGGAGGAGGAGGAGGAGGGGGGCUGCUGAGCCCUGUUAAAAAUAACUUUAGCCCUGUUGAGAAGCCGGUUCCCUCAGGAGGAAAAAGUCUCACUUCUGGCUCACAGGGAGGUGACGUGACGAUUCCAUCCUACAGUAACGUCAGUGAAAAUGCCACAUCGGUCAUCAGCUACAGCAGCUCGGCCCCGUCUGUCAUUGUGCACAGCAGCCGGGUUUCCUCGGUGAUCAUGCACAGUAAUGCAGUCACUGCCAUGACGAGCAGCAGCACCAUCGCUUCCAACAUCACCGUUAACCAGUCCCCAAGAGAUGACAGUAAGCAUGCGGAGAGUUUUGGCAAAAUCCCCACCAAGGUCAGAAGCAUUAAGGAGAAGAAGAAAAUGGUGCCCUACAACCGGGGAGAAACGUUGGAGGAGGCAAAGUAUGCCGCCAGUUCUGGAGGUCCUUUGAGUAAAACCACGAGUGUUAUUGAGGAAACCAGUAAAACUGAAACGUAUAUUGCAAAACCUGCCUUGCCUGGAACGUCCACCAACAGUAAUGUAGCACCUCUCUGCCAGAUAACAGUAAAAAUUGGGAAUGAGGCUAUUGUGAAAAGACACAUUUUAGGGUCCAAACUGUUUUAUAAAAGGGGAAGACGAUCCAAACAUGAAACUCAGGAGGAGAGUCUGCCUCAAGAAAAUGAUGUGGAACAGAAAGAGAGCAGCAGUCCAACGAGGCUGAGUCGCUCGGAAUGUGUGGAAAUGAGUGAAAUGUUUGAUGAAGGGAGUGACCAGGAUUCCACAGACAAACCUUGGCGGCCAUACUACAAUUAUAAACCCAAGAAGAAAUCCAAGCAAUUAAAAAAAAUGAAGAAAGUCAAGUGGAAGAAAAGACAUGGAAACAGGAGCCCGAGCAGUGAAUUCACAAACUCCAGUGACCUAGACUGCUCCAUUAAAAAAAGCCCAAAGGAAAAGAUCCCUGAAGGAGAAGAGAGUAAAGAGAUGCCCAGUCUGCACUGCGAACUUUGUGUUGGGGACAAAGGACCUACGGAAGGACCUCCAGGCCAGCCCCACUGGCAUCAUAACACGUCCAAGUCUCACGUUUGUGAACUCUGCCAAAAACAAUUCCAGAGCCCCUCCACCCUCAAAAUGCACAUGAGAUGUCACACUGGAGAGAAGCCUUAUGCUUGCAAAACAUGUGGAAGGUGUUUUUCGGUUCAAGGGAACUUACAGAAACAUGAACGCAUUCAUCUUGGAGUCAAAGAAUUCAUCUGUCAGUAUUGUAGCAAGGCAUUCACUUUAAAUGAAACCCUCAAAAUCCAUGAAAGAAUUCACACUGGUGAAAAACGUUAUCGUUGUCAGUUCUGUUUGCAGAGCUUUCUGUAUCUGUCUACCAAAAGGAAUCACGAGCAGAAACAUAUCCAUGAGCAUAACGGGAAGGGUUAUGCUUGCUUUCAGUGCCCUAAAAUCUGCAAAACAGCAGCUGCCCUGGGCAUGCACCAAAAGAAACAUUUAUUCAAAAGCCCCAAUCAACCAGAGAAAAAAGAGGGUGGGGGCAAUGACAUCCCCAAGUCCUUUGAGAAUCAACCCUUCACUGACUCAGGUGGAAACAAGAUGAAGGAAACCCUACAAACUAUGCCCGAAGAGGUUUUCCUUUGAUUGACAGUGGUGGGAAAACCACUAGAAUGAUAUGAUUUUUUUUUUAGGUAUCCGACAUCAUUGGGUGAAGUAUAAAGGAAACUCAAAUUUGUGUAAGUUCCUGAAACAUGACACUUUUUCUUCCUAUUCAUAGGUUUCAGCAUUAACUACAAAAGCAAAACACACCCAAACAUUCAAACUGAGGCUUCAUAUUCCCCAAUAUAAUAUGAGGGUAAAUGAGAUUCUUAGCUACAGUAUCUCGGCCAGUGGGUACUUUGUAAUUUAAAAAGAAAAAGAAUCCGCCAGACACUCUUUGGGUGGAGUGUUGUUAGGAGCUGCCAAACUGGCUGUGAAAUACUGAACUUGAAUCGCUUUGAAGAAAAUAAGAGUUCAGAUGCCAUAAGAAUGUCAACUUCACCAGUGUGUUAAAAGGUGAAUGAAACCCAUCAUCGAUUCUUUUUCCCUCAUCCAGUUUUAAUACCGUUAAAAUUUUCAAAGGAUAAACUUUGGAUAUUAUAUGAAACCCUACAUGGUUGGGGAAAAAUUGUGAGAUGAGUAACCUAAAGAAGACAUUCGUCUUCCUUUCUUGUAAAACAAACCUUGUAAAAAUAACACAAACCCUGUAGUUUUACACUGUCCAUGUUCAGUUAGAAAAUGAAAACGAUGAGGGGAAAUGAGAAUUUGGGGAAAAUUCAUAAAGGGUAUUUUCAGUGUGGCCAAACACCUAACUUAAGAACACAGUGUGUGCUACUGGAUGAAAUUGUUCUUGAAGUUAUUACUUAUCAACAGUGGGGAUCUUGAUAUCGGUGGUCUAUUUGGUAUCCCCCCCCUCCCCAAACAUCUUUUUACCACACUACUAAAUAUACCAGCAAUUACUUAAACUGUAUGUUGCUCCAGGAGAGUUUCAUAACAGCUCAGCUCACCUCUGAGAAUGAAGAAGGGUCAAAUUGGGCUGAACGUAUCUGCAGUCUUCCAGGCACCGUUCAAAUCUCAGAAGGCUACCAUUUCAAGGCAGGCCCAACCAAAUGAAAUGUGACUUACCCAGCUCCCCCUUUGAAAUGCUUGAAGGAAGGUAAGCUUAUGUAGCAAACUGUCACGCAUUUGAUUAUGUCACCAUGCCCAAACCCUACCGCCAUGGGCCAAUCUUGUGGAAAGACUAGGCAGUCCACACAAGUUAUCAUGCAAGAGUGAGAUACUUAGGGAAACUGUGGCAUUUCCAUCUCCCAUGGGUUGUUGGCCUAAGGGAGUGAGGUCUUAAAUCCAAGCAUUAGCACUAUCUGACAUCUGGACUCCGUGUAUAAAGGUGGGAUGUUGAAUGAGUAAAGAGGCUCUCUAUUCCCUUACUUAUUGGACUCCUAUGAAAUUAGACGACCAUGCUAGAUGGCUCUUUUCCAUCUUUGGUAAUAGAUACCUUGCCAGAGACCUCUAUGCAUCCCCUAAUAUCAUCUCCAGCUGACAAGCAUCCUUAAUGUCCCCCCCCCCAAAAAAACUGACUCAUUGCUGCCUGUGGUUGUCAGAUUAAAGAGGUUCACAUUGUUUCUUCCCCAGAAGGGGUAAGAGCCAUGAUUCUGACUUUCUGCACCUGCCAGAGAGAGAUUGGGUGCAUUCCUGACCUGUCCCCUCACAUUAAAGCAUCUUCUGGAAACCAUCCAUCAAGAGCUCAAGGCUUGCCCUGCAGUCCCUAAAGCCAAUUCGGCAUGCGAAGGGCCCUCCAACGUGAUACCUUGCAUCAUCACUCUACAGGACUAUUUCCCAUCAUGCUACUCUGAAGUCUUUAUGAAGAGGACCUUUGUUACAUUGGGCGAGCAAGGCUGCAUCUUAAAAAUCCAGAAAAAGGACGGGAUGGAAGCUGACCUUUAAUUUUGUAGUGCUUUGCUAUUAAAUAACCACAAUACUGCAGCCUCAAUAACCUCCUGUCUCCAUUUUCACUUUCAUACAGUAUUAUAAAGGGCAAAAUACAAGUGAAUUUACAUGUUCUUUUUAUACAUAACAUACCUGCACUAAUCAUUUACUUUCGGUUUUGUUUUAAAAGUUUUGUAAGAGUCAGACCAGGCUAAAAAGUCUUUGUUGAAAUAAUACCUACAGUAUUGAAUAGUUAAUCCUGUGGUCCACUGAUUCAUGCUACCCUAGAUGAGGGCUAUGUGUCCAGGAGAAGUAUUUUAUUUCAUUAGUUCCUUUGGCUUCAGACAAUGCAAGUUGUGAAGUCACUAUUAUCAGUAGUGAAUUCUUCCAGUCUGCACAUGUGGGAUGUUUUCUAAGUGGACUUGUACGCUGAUAAUUCUAGACCAAAGUAAAUAUGGCAGAAUAUUUAUACAUGAAAAGAUAAUUUUACAAAUAUUUUCUAUAAUUGUAUCAUUCGUAAAAAAAAAAUAAAAAUAAAAAUGCUGAUAGCUUGUGUUUGUUUUGGGGGAGGGUUGUAUAUUUUGAUUAAAAAACAAAACCAAAAAAAAAAACCCUUGACUUUGUAAUUCUGUAUAUUCUAUACAGUUUCUAGCAGAGCAGUUUUAAGACAGCAUCUUAAUGUUUAUAGUCAAUUGUGGAAAAUUUAUUCUAAGUCCUAUGUUUAACGUAAUGAGUCAAGUACUGAUGACCAAACUAGAACUGAAGUAAAUGUAAUCAAUGAAUCUCUCGUAUGCUUUACAUGAUAGACUGUCACUUGAGAUGUUAUAGCAUCUGUAUUUUGUUUAGAAAAUAUUAUUAAAUGCAGAUGUAAAGAGUUGGAAAAAGUCUAAUUUUAUUUUUAGAAAGAAUGAAUAUAAAUUUGGUUUUGCUUGAUUAAAAACUGGCUUAUUCUUAUUUCUAGUCUCUUUUCAAAUAUCUCGAAUGGUAAUUCUCUUACACCAGCAGGAACUGUACUUUUACAGACUGAUGUUGAACAUUGGAUUUGCCUGCUGUAUUUUUGUUUCUUUGUUUGUUCAUACACAGUGAAAUAGCAACAUGGCAGUGACCUUCCAGUCUAGGACUAAGGAAGAACAUGGCAUCUUUAGAAGGUGACAUCAUGAAAGACAGAAUACUCUUUUGGUUAGUCUCAAAGGAUGACCCAUUGCACAGAGGUGUUUGAUAAAAGUUGGAAUGAAUGAAUGAAUAAAUGAAGAUGCUAAUACAU